AUGCAGGGUCCUUCUUUGGAGAAUGAUGAAGUGGUCGGGUUUGAUGAGGAAGCUAACGAAGUGAUCAAGCGACUUGUUGAAGGACCACCGGAAAGUCUGGAUAUUAUCCCAGCGGUGGGUAUGCCCGGACUUGGAAAAACUACACUCGCAAGAAAAAUCUACAAUGAUUCUACACUUUCAUUUGAAUUUUUCCGCAUCCUUUGGGUUUAUGUAGGUCAGGAAUACAAAAUAAAGGAUAUUUAUCUUAGGAUUCUCAAAUCCUUCAAAAAAAGCAUAGAAGAUCAUCUCAAUGAGGAUUUGAAAACAUUAGCUAAGGUAAUACGUGAUUUUAUGAUUAAAGGAGGAAGAUAUCUCAUUGUUUUAGAUGAUGUGUGGGAUGCAGAAGUCAUUGAUUACGUAAAGAAAGUUUUCCCAGAAAACAAGAAGGGGCAUCGAAUCAUGAUGACCACGCGUGACGGAUAUCUAGCUGCUUAUACCAAUCCAGUACCUCAUAUCUGA